AUGACAGUUUCAACUCGAUCUAACUCAAAACCACCACAUCAAGGUUUAAAGGAGAAACUGAAAGCCCUGACUCUCUUGUACGAGCAGCAGAAAUUCAACAACGCUUCUUUCAAGCCUCCACAAGAAGACAAUCAUACAGAAACCCUAAAGAAUAAUGCUGUGGUUCGGGAGAAAAAUGGGAACAGGAUAAUGGUGUUUGUGAGAGUGAGGCCACUUGCUAAGAAGGAAAAGGAAGCGGGUUCCAGGUGUUGUGUCAAGAUUGUGGAUUCUUCUCAUAUUUAUAUGACGGAAUUCGCUACUCCUAACGAUUACUUGAGGUUGAAGAGGAUUCGAGGAGGUCAUUUCACUUUUGAUGCAUGCUUUUCUGAUUCGGCUACUCAACAGGAAGUGUAUUCUACAUCAACCUCGGAACUUGUGGAAGCAGUUAUGCAAGGGAAGAAUGGGACAGUUUUCUGUUAUGAUGCCACUGGAGCUGGAAAAACAUACACAAUGCUUGGUACUGUGGAAAACCCGGGAGUGAUGGUGUUGGCAAUUAAGGAUCUCUUCAGUAAAAUCAGGAUCAGAAGCUAUGAUGGAAACCAUGUAGUUCAUCUGUCCUAUCUUGAGGUUUAUAAUGAAACUGUAAGAGAUUUGAUUUCACCUGGAAGGCCUCUUGUUUUGAGAGAAGAUAAACAGGGGAUUGUGGCAGCAGGUCUUACGCAAUACAGAGCUUACUCCACCGAUGAAGUGAUGGCAUUGCUUCAGCAGGGAAAUCGUAAUAGAACUACGGAACCAACUCGUGCAAAUGAAACAUCUUCACGUUCUCAUGCUGUUUUGCAGGUCGUGGUUGAAUACCGAGUUAGAGAUGCUGCAAUGAAUAUUAUUCACGGAGUGGGCAAACUUUCAUUGAUUGAUCUUGCAGGGUCAGAGAGAGCUCUUGCCACAGAUCAAAGAACACUUAGGUCUCUUGAGGGUGCCAACAUUAACCGGUCUCUUCUUGCACUAAGCAGCUGCAUCAAUGCUCUUGUAGAGGGCAAGAAGCACAUUCCAUACCGAAAUUCUAAACUAACCCAGCUUCUCAAAGAUUCAUUAGGAGGAACUUGCAACACCGUCAUGAUUGCAAACAUAAGCCCGAGUAUCCUCUCAUUUGGUGAAACUCAAAACACCCUUCAUUGGGCUGAUAGAGCAAAGGAGAUUCGAACAAAGGCACCUGAUGCAAACGAGGAUCUAUUACCGGUACCUAAAACAGAAAAAGACCAGGCAAAGCUGAUACUUGGGCUACAAAACGAGAAUCGUCAAUUGCGAGUUCAGCUAGCACGCCAAAAACAGAUGCUUUUGAAACUCAAAGCACAAUCCUUGGCUGCAUAUGCUUCCUCUUCUCUUCCCAACAAUCUCGUCUCAAUUCCGCGACAAACACCCUUAACCACUAUUAUCACAAUCAUCGUAACCUCACUCAAUCUCCACCACCCUUCAUCAUCCAUCGCGUCAAACUGCAAUCUGCGAAGCUCAUCACCUCAUUACUAUCGAACCGUCCUUCAAUUUCCGACAACCACAAUCUUCAUUAUCAUCACUGUGACCCAUUUCCUUGUUUCCUCGUGA